GUGCCUUUGGGGGGCAAGAUGCGUGUUGGUCGGUGUUGUGCCUCCGCAGGGUUGGAAGUUAGGGGCUGGAGGGGCCUGGUCAGGUUACCGCUGUCGCCCCGUUUUCUCCCUGCCCUUCCUCAGGUGCGCCCACCGUUGGCCAUCUCCUUUCCCCACCCCGGGCCGCCCCUGGAACUCACGAAGUGCCGUUAAAGAAGAGGCCCUUGGAAGUUUCUUCUCUUAAGAAGAUUAAAAAGGUAGUGGAAACAGGCCUCCUGAACUUUUCUGACCCUAAAUGGCUGCAGAAUCAAGAAAGUCUUUAGCCCCAUCCCCUCCAGACCAGGCUCCGGAAGAGGACCUCGUAAUUGUCAAGGUAGAGGAAGAUCAUGGUUGGGACCAGGAAUCAAGUAUACAUGAAAAUAACCCUCCUGGCCAAGAGCUGUUCCGCCUGCGCUUCAGGAAAUUAUGCUACCAGGAGACACUAGGACCCCGAGAAGCUCUGAUCCAACUCCGGGCACUUUGCCAUCAAUGGCUGAGGCCAGAUUUGAAUACCAAGGAGCAGAUCCUGGAGCUGCUAGUACUGGAGCAGUUCUUGAGCAUCCUGCCUGAGGAUCUCCAGACUCUGGUUAAGGAACAUCAGCUAGAGAAUGGAGAGGAGGUGGUGACCCUAUUGGAGGAUUUGGAAAGGCAGAUUGAUAUACUAGGACGGCCAGUCCCAGCUCGUGCACAUGGACAUAGGGUAAUCUGGGAGGAGGUGGUGCAUUCAGAAUCUGCACCAAAGCCUCCAAAUAUUCAGCUCCAACCUGUGGCAACCCAGCACAAAUCUCCAGUGUUCCAUGGGCCACAAGAGAGAGCCAUUUCUACUUCUCAGAGUCCUGCCCCUUCCCAGAAAGGAUGUUCUGGAGACCAGGAGAUGACAGCUACACUCCUUACAGCAGGGUUCCAGACUUUGGAGAAGAUCGAAGACAUGGCUGUGUCCCUAAUUCGAGAGGAGUGGCUUCUUGAUCCAUCACAGAAGGAUCUGAGUAGAGAUAACAGGCCAGAGAAUUACAGAAACAUGUUCUCCCUGGGUGGUGAGACCAGGAAUGAGAACAGGGAAUUAGCUUCAAAACAGGUAAUAUCUACUGGAAUCCAACCACAUGGAGAGACAGCUGCCAAAUGCAACGGGGAUGUUAUCGGGGGUCUUGAGCAUGGAGAAGCUCGAGACCUGGGCAGAUUAGAGAGGCAGCGGGGAAAUCCCACCCAAGAGAGACGACAUAAAUGUGAUGAAUGUGGGAAGAGCUUUGCUCAGAGUUCAGGCCUUGUUCGCCACUGGAGAAUCCACACUGGGGAGAAACCCUAUCAGUGUAAUGUGUGUGGUAAAGCCUUCAGUUACAGGUCAGCCCUUCUUUCCCAUCAGGAUAUCCACAACAAAGUAAAACGCUACCACUGUAAGGAGUGUGGUAAAGCCUUCAGUCAAAACACAGGCCUGAUCCUGCACCAGAGAAUCCAUACUGGGGAGAAGCCGUAUCAGUGCAAUCAGUGUGGGAAGGCUUUCAGUCAGAGUGCGGGCCUUAUUCUGCACCAGAGAAUCCACAGUGGGGAGAGACCCUAUGAAUGUAAUGAGUGUGGGAAAGCUUUCAGUCAUAGCUCACACCUCAUUGGACAUCAGAGAAUCCACACAGGGGAGAAGCCCUAUGAGUGUGAUGAGUGUGGGAAAACCUUCAGGCGAAGCUCACAUCUUAUUGGCCAUCAGAGAAGCCACACUGGGGAGAAACCCUACAAAUGCAAUGAGUGUGGGAGGGCCUUCAGUCAGAAGUCAGGCCUUAUUGAACAUCAGAGAAUCCACACUGGCGAAAGACCCUAUAAAUGUAAAGAAUGUGGGAAAGCUUUCAAUGGGAACACUGGCCUCAUUCAGCAUCUGAGAAUUCACACAGGGGAGAAGCCCUAUCAAUGUAAUGAGUGUGGGAAAGCCUUUAUUCAGAGGUCGAGUCUCAUUCGACAUCAGAGAAUCCACAAUGGAGAAAAACCUGAAUCCAUAGGAGUUUAGGAAAAAACUUCAGUCAUAGUUUGGGCAUUAUUCAAUUAUGAAGACCAGUUAGAAAGGCAUGAGGAAGGACCCACAGAAGAAAGACGGUAUAAAUGCAGUGAGUGUGGAAAGAAGUUUGCCCAGAGCUCAGGCCUUGUUCGACAUCGGAGAAUUCACACUGGAGAGAAGCCCUAUGGGUGUGAUCACUGUGGAAAAGCCUUCAGUGUGCGCUCAACCCUCACUGUGCAUGAAAGAAUCCACACUGGUGAGAAGCCCUAUACUUGUAACGAGUGUAGGAAAGCCUUCAGUGUGAGGGCACACUUGAUUAUACAUCAGAGAAUCCACAAUGGAGAGAAACCCUAUGAAUGUAUUGAAUGUGGCAAAGCAUUUAGUGUGAGCUCAGACCUUAUCAAACAUCAGAGAAUCCACUCUGGUGAGAAACCUUAUGAGUGUGAUGAGUGUGGAAAAGCGUUCAGCGUGAGCUCAGCCCUCAUCAAACAUCAGAGAAUCCACACAGGGGAGAAGCCGUAUGAGUGUAAGGAGUGUGGGAAGGCUUUCUAUGUGAACUCAGCCCUUAUUAAUCAUCAGAGGAUUCACUCUGGAGAAAAGCCCUACGAGUGUGGAGAAUGCAGGAAAGCAUUCAGCCAGAUCUCAACCCUUAUUCAUCACCAGAGAAUCCAUACUGGAGAGAAACCGUACGAGUGUGACGAGUGUGGGAAAGCUUUCCGUGGGAGCUCUAAUCUUACCAAACACCAGAAAAUACAUACCAAAGGAAAGUGUCAAAAGUGAUUUAUGUGGUGAAGAUAUUCCAAAGGACUUUUUUGGUAUCAGAAGUUACCACCAAAAGAAGGGUGUGGUAAAAGUUAAUGUUUUAAUUGACACUUAGUCCCUUGGAAUAUUGAAGAAGAGAGAAGUCAGUGAAAAAUGACUCCAUCAGCAUAAUGACUGACUAAAGCUCUAAAAUCGCAUCUUCUUCUGAGAGUGCAGUUUUACAACUCAUAAGGAUGGAGGUCUGCUGACAGAGUCUUCUGGGUGGAGAACACCUUUCUGGGAUCAGCACUGAAGAGAUGUCAUAUUCCACCCCGAACCAGCACAACUGAAUCCUAAGCAGUAAAUGGUGGUGACUCCGGCCUUAAACAAGGAGUCUGUUUCAAAGCAGAAUUUUCCAGAAGUCCAGCACAGAGGGUGAUGCCUAAAGGACUAAAUGGGAACAUUCCUCAGGGGCUUUGCACUGGACAAGUCCAUGGGCUUCUGAAUAGUUUACCCAAGUGAAGGAGGAGCCCCUUUGAGGAAGCACAGCCUACAUUGCCUCAAGCCAAGGAGAGUAUCACUCUGAUGGAGGGACCUAAGACACCUGGAAAAAUUCCCCCUGAAGUUCAGUCCUGUCAGUGCUCUGGGAGUGGGAAACCCUCCAUUCAGCUUGCACACAAUUUUCAACUUCACCUGUAAUAAAAGAAGCAGCCCUUUAUUGUAAAGUGAGUGGAAAAGUCAUUGUUCUGAAAAUAUCCCUCCCUAAUAAAACAAACCCUGGCCCGCCAGCAGUCCUAAAUAAACACCAGGACAUCCUCAACCUGGAAAGACCUUCAAUGUAAAUCCAAGUCCCUUAAAACAACUGAGAAGUCAUCCUGGAGAAGAGUCCCAUUAGAGUAAAGAAUGUGGCAAAAUCUUCAGAUACUGGAAUGAUUUUAUCAGACAUCAGAGAAGCCUUGUGGAUAUCUUGAGUAUCAGAAGACUUUGUGUGAGCUCACGUCUCAUUAAACAUAAGCAAAUUCAUUUUGGACAGGAGCCUUAUCAAUGUCAUGAGUGUGGCAAAGCCUUGAAGUUCUGUGAUAGCCUUGUUAAACAUUAGAGUAUCUGCCAUGAAGAAGACCCAAGGGUGUGAAGACUAUAGUAAAGGGUUCGUUGUGUUUCAACUCUGGUCACCCACCAAAGAACUCACACAGAAAAACACCAUUAUGAGUGUAGUGAGUGGGAGAAGGCCUUCAUUUGGAAGCCGGCACUUAUUAAUUACCGGAAAACCCAUACUGGAGAGAAACCACAUAAAUGUAAAAUGUGCGAAGGCCUUCCCUAAAAGCUCAAUCUUAUACAUCAGAAAAUCCGCAAUGGAACAAAACCCUGUAUGUGUGACCACUAUGGGGAAGCUUUCAGUCAAAGUUCAGAUCUUAUCAAACAUCAGAGAGUCCACACUGGAGAGAAGUUUUAUACCUGGGACGCAUGUGGGGAAACCUUUCAAUGAACUCAUCUCUUACCAAACAUUAGAGGAUACAUAACAAAAAUGAACCAUAAUAGUCAAAUAUGUGGUAGAGGUAUAGUAUAGGACUUUUUCAACAUCAAGCAUCACCAUUAA